AAAUGUUGGUAUUAAUUUCCAUUUUGGUACUUUGUUGGUUAGAUCAUACCAAAAUCUGUAAAACCUUCGAAGAUAAUUUCGGUUUUAAGACCCUGAUUUAAAGUUUGAAGAACAUUUAAUGAAAGAGCGCUUUCUGGAAUGGAAAUUCAUUUACCGCUGACAUACCAUCGGAAGUCUUUAACACUUGAGAAUUUCGACAAAUUUAAAAUUCACUCCAAAAAUUUUGAGAACCAGUAUUGUAAUAUAUACAUAGCAAGAUUAAGAGCAUUGAAGGAGUAUCUCCUAGAGAAAGUGAAGAUCAAAUGGGCACAAUAUGAAAUUAUUACAUUGUCAGAACUUUCUAAAAGGAAUCAAAAUGGUGAAUGUAUCGUAAUAGGAAUAUUAUAUAAACAUCAGGAAUUAAAGCCAUCAGUAUUGCGCGAGCUUAGCGACGAACUUCAAGUGACGCCCCAACCACCUAGGACGAAUUAUGCAUCAUUUAAAGACUUAUUAUUUUUGGAAGAUGAAAUGUUGCGUGUUAAAUUGGUCGGUAAUCGAAUGAAUGUUCAAGAUGUAGUUACUGGUAUUGUUUGUGCUGUACUUGGACAUGAAUUAGAAAAUGGUGAAUUCACAGUGAUAGAUUGGUGUUUUCCAGGAUGUUGUCCAAAAUUAACAACAGUUGAUAAACCAUUAAAAUCAUGGGGGCAGAUUUUAAUAAUUUCAGGCUUAGAUUUAGCAAAUAAUACACAACCAUUAAGUUUAAAUCUAUUAUCCGAAUGGAUAAUUGGAAUGAUUGGAUGUACAGAAAUUCAGAAAGAAGUGGCAUCUAUUGUGUGUAUAAUUAUAGCAGGAAAUAGUGUAAAAGGAUCUAUAGAGACUCACAAUUAUGCAGGAUACUAUGAAACUAAAGCACACGAUGAAACUCUAUUAAAAAAUGCUACAAUGGUAACACAUAAACUUGAUAAUUUCCUUCAUUCUAUAGUGCAAUGUUGCCCCGUAAUAUUAAUGCCUGGUGAAUUUGAUCCAACUUGUCAUACAAUACCUCAACAACCAUUUCAUCCCUGUAUUUUGCCUCAAUGUUUCAGGUUUAAGAGUUUCUAUGGAGUCACUAAUCCAUGGAUUGGUAGUAUCAACUCUCGAAUUAUAGCUGGAUCUAGUGGCCAACCCGUUAUGAAUAUUAUGAAGGUUGCCGGGCUUACGGAUAUUUCGCCAUUAAUGUGGUUAGAACGUACGUUAGAAUGGCAACAUUAUGCACCAACUCUACCAGAUACUAUACCAGGCUAUCCAUACUCCAAGGUUGAUCCAUUAAUUAUGACAGAUUGUCCCGACAUAUACUUUACUGGUAAUAUGGACAAAUAUGACACCAAAUUAGUAACAGCAAAUGAAGGACAGGUAGUAAGGUUGAUUUGCAUUCCAAAAUUUUCUCAGACACAAACAGGCGUGUUGGUCGAUUUACAGGAUUUAAAAACUAGGCCUAUUUCUUUUACCGUUACUUAACUUACAGGCAUAUUUAAGUAGUUGUAUUUUAAAAUUGCCACGCGAGGCAUUAACGUAAGUAUCCAAUAAUAAAUUUGCAAAAGAAAUUAAUGAUCAACAAUUUAUGUUAUAUGAUUCUAACAUAAUUUGUACAUAGUAAAUACAUUAUUUAUU